AUGCAUGGUACGACGCAAGAAAAGAGAGAGAAUCGCAUCGACACCCCUUUUUUCUACUCGUUGUGUGCUCAUCGAAAGAGAAGCACAGUGUUGUAUGGCAACAAGCAUUGCCGAUUUACAUGUCAGAAAAAAAAAAUCGUACAAAAUCUAUUGGUAGACGCAGGCUGGAGAAGCUUGUGGUAUCUGUGGGGCAUUCCAUUCCAAGUACCCACGGAAUCAAGUUAUGGUAUCUCAGAGAAAGAUCCAACUGUGUCGGAGUACCCCCAGGCUCCUCCUUCUCUCCUUACAAUCCGGCACACAGAUUCACCUGACUGCGUUGAAGGAUUCUUUGACAAGAAUCCAAUGGUCCCUCAGUGGUCAAUUGACAAGGGAAAGGGAACCGUUUGUUCGAUAUCAUUCCAAUAUGGAUGCGCAACUAGCCUAUCGGCAUCAUUGUUCGAUAUCGCAUGCUCAGAUGGAUCAACUGCAGACCGCGUGUUCUGCUGGCAUGCUGGAUGAGUGCGCCAGUGCGGUUGUUGUUGUUCUUUUGCAAUAUUCACAACAUCUCUGGAAAGAUGUACUCAGGAAUUUUACGCGACAGAUAUUUCUUAUAUUGUUGCACAUGUAUCUUUACUCUUUCCUUUCCGUUUGCUAUUGUCUUCAUUAGUUUCAAAAAAUAUUUCCCGACACGAUUAGUGCUUGGGCAACAAAUGAA